AUGGAAAAAUCGUCGGUAGUUCAUGAUGAAGAAACACAAAAUGAAGACGAAUGUAAAGUUUGCCAGGAACGUUUUACAGAAUCAGGCAGUUUAGCAGCGACUGAAAAAGUACACAUUGAAAAUGAACCUGAGGAAAAACCGUUUGAAUGUGAUGUUUGUAAGAAAAGAUUUGCACAAGCAUCCUAUUUAUUAAGACAUGCAAGAACACACACAGGAGAGCAACCUUUUGAAUGUGGUGUUUGCAAAAAAAGGUUUACACAUGAAAGCAAUUUAGCACGUCAUAAAAGGGUACAUAGCAAACCUUAUAGAUGUGAUGUUUGUAACAAAAGAUUUGCUGAAUCGAAACUCUUACUUAGACAUAAAAGAACACAUAGUGGGGACAAGCCUUACGGAUGUGAUGUUUGCGAAAAAAGGUUCACAGACGGAAGCAAUUUACGGCGCCAUAAAAAAUCGCAUACUAAACCUUACGAAUGUGAGGUGUGCAAGAAAAGGUUUUCAGAGGCGAGUUAUUUAGUCAGACAUAGGCGAACACACACUGGUGAGAGACCGUUUGAAUGUGAUGUUUGCAAGAAAAGAUUUUUCAGCUUAAUAUUAGUGAAGAAGCAUAAGAGAAUACAUACUGGUGAAAGACCUCAUGAAUGCGAUGUUUGUAAAAGGCGAUUUAGUGAUGUAAGCAAUUUAAGGCAACAUGAAAGAACACAUACCAAGCCUUACGAAUGCGAUGUUUGCAAUAAAAAGUUUUCACACUCACAGUAUUUAGAAAAGCAUAAGAGAACACAUACCGGAGAUAAGCCUUAUGAAUGUGAUGUUUGUAAGAAAGGAUUUCUGGACUCGGUUGCUUUGGGGAAACAUAAAACGAUUCACACUGGCAACAAACCUCAUGAAUGUGAUGUGUGCAAAAAAAGAUUUGCUGAUCCAAGCAAUUUCUUACAUCACAAGAGAACACAUACAAAUCCUUAUAAAUGUGAUGUUUGCCAGAGGGGAUUUUCAAAAACCAAGUAUUUGCUUGACCAUAAAACAACACAUACUGGUGAAAAACCUUAUGAAUGUGAUGCUUGCAAGAAAAAAUUCUCUCAUUCUGGUUCAUUAAGUAGGCAUAGAAGAACACACACCAAUCCUUAUGAGUGUGAUGUUUGCAAGAAAAUAUUCACAGAUCCAAGCAAUUUAUUACAUCAUAAAAGAACACAUACCAGACCUUAUGAAUGUGAUUUUUGCAAGAAAGAAUUUUCACAGUCGAGCUAUUUAAUAAAACACAAGAAGUGUCACCAUGGAAUCAAAGCAGAGGAAUAUGAAAUUUCCCAACCAAGAUUUAUAUUGCCAAAGCCAUUAAGUGUGUCUGAGAAAACACCAAUUAAGCUGUAUGAAUGUGAUGCUUGCAACAAAAAAUUUAUUUACUCAGAUUCUUUAAGUAAGCAUAAAAAGACUCACACUGGUGACAAUACUCAUGAAUCUAGUGCAUUGCAAGAAACACCUGUGAAACCUUGUGAAUCACCUUAUGUUCCCAUUACAGGAUACACAACAGAUACAACAAACAAGUCUUAUCAGUGUGAUGUUUGUAAGGCCAGUUUUUCUCAAUUACUUGCUUUUAGCAGGCACAAGAGCGUAAGAUGUUCAGCAAAACAUAGAGUAAAACACACUGGGGAAAAGCCUUUUGAAUGUGAUGUUUGUGGCAAAAGAUAUGCACAAUCAUGCUAUUUAAUAAAACACAAGAAAAGCCACAAAGUACAGGAAGAUGAAAUUUCCCAACCGAAAUUUAUAUUACCUAAACCAUUAGAUGCAUCUGAAAAAACACCCAUUAAACUUUAUGAAUGUGGUGUUUGCAAGAAAAAAUUUAUAUACUCAGAUUCUUUGAACAAACAUAGAAGAACUCACACUCGCAGCAAAUCUGAUAAAUGUGAGGUUUCCAGAAGUGGAUGUGUAGUGCCAGACCAAUCUAGUGUGUCCCAGAAAGCACCAGUUGAACAUCAAAAGACAGACACAGCAGACAAACCCUACCAAUGUGGUGUUUGCAAAGCCAGUUUUUCCCGAUUAGUUGCUCUUAAUAGACAUAAGAAAGCAAGCUGUUCAGCAAAACGUGGAACAAAUACUGAAGAAAAACCUUAUAAAUGUGAUAUUUGUAAGAAACAAUUUUCACAAUCUGCUAGCUUAAAAAGACAUGAAAAAACGCGUUCAGGAUGCAAACCAUAUGGAUGUGAUACUUGCAAUUUGAGAUUUACAUUUAGAGAAAAUCUUCAGUUUCACCUGAUCGGACACCUUAAAGAUGCCCCAAUUUUAUGCAAAACUUGUGGAAGGGAAAUUUCCAGAUCACAAGAGCUGCAAGAAAAUAUUAAUAUGCGAUUCAAAUUAGCACAACUGAAAUCAGAUGACCACGGUAACAACGUUUCCUAUCAAUGUGAUUCUUGCCAAGACAUAGAAUCAAAUGAACCGUCAGGUACUGGUUACGUCUGUUCUCUCUGUGGCUGUGGCUGCGGUAAUCUGAAAGAACUUGAAGAUCACAUGGUUAUCCACAAUGACAAUGUAGAUACUGAAGAAGCUGCAUAUUAUAUAAUACAGUCGCAUGGAAAGUGCUCAAUAGUUGAUGAGAGUGGUUUAUGUACAGAUGAAAAAAAGACAUAA